UUUCCUCGGACCCCGCCAAUAGUAAUCUAGUUGUAAUCCGUUUCAAGAUUCAGAAAACCUCGCUUCAUUCAAAACGACACCGCAUCAUAAAUCCUUAUUCUUCCUUCUUCUUAUAUAAGAACUAAAGAAAGAAGAAGAUGGAACAUUCAUUCAACAAUUUAUAGCAUUAGCAUUAGAAGAUUCUCUCUGAAUCGGAAUCUGAAUCCUCGUUUACACGCACACAAACACUACAUACACAUUCAAUUGAAUAAUAAUGGGGAUGAUAGUUGAAGUUGAGAACAUUGAUGAAGACGACGACGUUUUGAUUCCUCCACCUAAUUUCUCCAUGGUUGAAGAUUGCAUUUAUCGAUCUAGUCUUCCUAAACCUUCCAGUUUUCCCUUUCUUCAAACCCUCAACCUUCGCUCUAUCAUAUACUUGUGUCCUGAACCCUACCCUGAAGAGAAUUUGGACUUCUUAAAGGAACAGAAUAUUCGUCUUUUUCAAUUUGGAAUUGAGGGCAAAACGGAAGUUUCCUUACCUGCUCUGAGGGAUUCUAUUAUGGAGGCUUUGAAAGUUUUAGUUGAUGUGAGAAAUCACCCUAUUUUGGUUCAUUGCAAACAAGGAAAGCAUAGGACAGGUUGCCUUGUUGGCUGCUUCAGAAAGUUGCAGAAUUGGUGUUUGUCUUCCGCGUUUGAGGAGUAUCAGCGAUUUGCUGGUGUUAAAUCCAGGGCAGCGGAUUUAACAUUUAUAGAGAGGUUUGACCUCGUAAGUCUUAGGCAGUGUCUUUACAGCAUCAUCUACCAGUACCAAGGUGCUUCAAAGAAGCGCAGGUUGAUGUACCAAGAUGAGAAUAUACAGAAACCCCGGCUGACAUCAUUUUAGCUGCACCGGGUUUCAACUCCAUUCUUUGAUUGGGUAGAAUUUAUACUUCAAAGUAGUUGCUUGGAGUGACUUAACAUUGUUAUCCUUAGGCUUUUCAAAGAUCUUUUGAGUGCUGCUAUUGCAUGCAUACUUUUGUCUUUGGGUUCCAAAUUUAAUUGUUUUAAACAUAUCAUACAGAUUCAAUGGUGCAAAUACAUUUUUUUUUCCUUCUUUCAGCGGCUGAGUUAUGAGAUUAAUUGUAGGCUUCUGAAGCCACAUAUAUUGAACCUCUGUGUAUAAGAAAUUUUAUUCUUUUGUUCCAAGGAUUGGAUACACAUCCUUUAUUCA